CGCGCCGCUCGUCAGCGGGCCGCUGGUCUGCCCUGGACAUGGCGCUGAGGCGGUGGCUGCCCCUCGGGCUCUCCGCCUGGCUGCCGGACUUCUGCCUGCUGCUGCUUUUCAAGGGCUGUUUGAUUGAGGCAGUGAAUCUCAAAUCCAGCAACCGAAACCCAGUGGUACACGAAUUUGAAAGUGUGGAACUGUCUUGUAUCAUUACGGAUUCACAAACAAAUGACCCCAGGAUUGAAUGGAAGAAAAUCCAAGAUGACCAAACAACAUAUGUGUUUUUUGACAACAAGAUUCAAGGGGAUUUGGCAGGUCGUGCAGAACUGGUUGGAAAAACGUCCCUGAAGAUCUGGAAUGUGACACGGAUGGAUUCAGCUCUCUAUCGCUGUGAGGUUGUUGCUCGAAAUGACCGUAAAGAAAUUGAUGAGAUUGCCAUUGAGUUAAUUGUGCAAGUGAAGCCAGUGAUGCCUAUCUGCAGAGUACCGAAGGCUGUACCUGUAGGCAAGACAGCAACACUGCAGUGCCAGGAGAGUGAGGGUUAUCCCCGGCCUUACUACAGCUGGUACCGCAAUGAUGUAUCACUUCCCACAGACUCCAGAGCUGAUCCAAGAUUUCGUAAUUCCUCUUUUCUCUUAAACUCUGAGACAGGCACUCUGGUUUUCAGUGCUGUCCACAAGGAGGACUCUGGGCAGUACUACUGCAUUGCUACCAAUGAUGCAGGCUCGGCCGGGUGUGAAGAGCAGGAGAUGGAAGUUUAUGACCUGAACAUUGCUGGGAUUAUCGGGGGCAUUCUAGUUGUCCUUGUCGUCCUGACCCUGAUAACACUGGGCAUCUGCUGUGCAUACAGACGUGGCUGCUUCAUUAAUAAACAGGAUGGAGAAGGGUACAAGAGCUCAGGGAAGCCUGACGGAGUUAACUACAUCAGGACAGAUGAGGAGGGUGACUUCAGACACAAAUCGUCCUUUGUGAUCUGAGACCUGGAGUUGUGACUGGGAGAGCAAGCACACUGAAAUACCUCGACUGGAAACUCACAUCAAGGGCAGCCAUGACCAGGGCAUCUGGACAGAGCUAGACAUACAUAAGCUUUUUAUUUUGGCCAAAGUUGACUGCUACUCCUUUAACAAGCCACGAAUAAAAGAAUCUUUACCAAGGCAUAGUACACUCCUAAGAAAGGAAGUAGAAAGUUUGGCAAGUUGCAUUCCCAGACUGGCUGGACUGAUUACCAUAUGGGUAUGUAUUAGGGUAAUCUUAAAACUCUGACAUCAGCUCUCCUCUGCUGGGCACAUUGGGACUGUUUUUGCUUGGGGCUGUUUACCAACCAGAACAACACUGGCCAUGAGAAGAUGAGGUGCUGGGCGGUGGCAGCAGAAGCAUGGUAUGAAGCCUGUGGGUGUCUCCAUCAGUGCCUUCCUUGUUCUUUGGCACACCAUACUGCCUUUCUAUGGCUCUGUUGAUGGGCCAGUGUUGUCAUGUUGGUCUAGGAGCAUCUGGAUCAGCAUUUUCAGGAAGGUAAACUGCUUGCUGGAAGAGGGCUCUUCUUACCCAGGGAACCUUCUUUGUUCAAGAGGGUGUCAGAAUUUAAGAAAAACCUUUGUCUUAAGCUAAGUCUGAAAUGGUACUGAAGUAUGCUUUUCUAAAGGUCUUGUUUUAUAAAAUUUUAACAUUCUAAAUUUCUGCUAAAUAUGUAUUUUGAUUAUUAAAGAGGAAGUUUAUAUAGAAAUUGUAAAUAUAUUGUCUUAUAAUAUUCCAAAACUUAUUUUUAUAAAAAAAGACUUCAACUUAAGAUAGAAGUUCAAAUGACUAGGGUUAAAUUGGAAACUGCCAAUAAUUAAGAGCCUUUUACUUAAGGAGAGCGAGGAUUACUGGAACAUUCCUUGUUACAUUCUCUCCUUUUGCAUAAGAAAACUGAGGCUGUCUGUCAGACCACUGUUGCUUAGGAAGUCAUUCAAGAGUUCCAGUCUAAUAAUGUUGAUAUGUGCAUCUCUCCACAAGAUAUGUUGCCAAUUUGCAGUAGCUUUGAGUGGACUUUUCCUGAUGCCAGUAAAAUUACCUACUCCUAAAGGCAUCUGUGCAAAGACCAUGUUGGUUGGCUCCUUGGGUUAAUUGAAGCCAAUGUUCCAAGGUCACUUUUGGCCACUAACUUUUAAGUGCUGGCCAGAAUGCCUGCUUAGCCCUGAUUAAUUGCAGUGAUGGUACUCUGGGUUAUGUGGCCCUUGGUGGCUUCUUAGUUGGGUACUUCAGAAAGGCUAUAGUCUUCCAUGCAGCACCCCAUCUCCUGCUUCUUGUAACAGACUGUUAGGGAUGGCAUGCAAAACAAAGCCAGUGCUACUGUUACGUAUAUUUUAAAUACUGGUAUAGUUCAAUAACAUAAGCGUGUCUAAAGCUGAAAGCAAUUCUGCAACCAAACCUGUCAACCACAAUAGUAUUUUUAACAGAAAUUAUCCCCAUGUUCUCCUUUGCCAUGAGAAAGGCACCGACACUGUGACUAUCUCUAUAACACAUUGUGUGGUGACAGCUGGUUCAGUCCUUUGAAGAAAACCAAGAAGUACAAAGCCCAGUGGUGAGGAAAGUAAUAUGUCUGAACCAAAAGCAGCUUUUUAAAAUUUUGAUGUAAAAUCUUUUUAUCUACCCAAGAUACUGCUCACUUUUAUGGGGACAUUAGAAAUACCAAUCAAAAGCCUUUGUUCUUCAAGAGCAGAUGUUCUCUGCCUCAAACAUUACUGUGUUCUACUCAUGAUGUGAAGUAGUUUGAAGCCAAAAGCUUCUCAAAGGAGCACCUUGAGGAAGGUUAAUGUAAAGCUAGUCACUUUGUGAUUCAACUUUGUGUCUUAAUGUUUGUAGAUUUCAACACUUUUCUCCCCCUUUGAAUACUGAGACAUGUUGAAUUUUUUUUCCUUCUAAAAUUAUGUGAAAUGCUGUGUGGUAAGAUCCUGGCAGAAGCAGUAGGCUGGUUUUCUGUGCCUGCUUAGUGGUUCCUGACUUCUCUUGUUUCUAUAUCUUAAAUGUUUAGUUAUGACUGCCCUUCCUCUCCACCCUUGCUGGCAGGGAACAACAUACUGGGCUAAAGUCUCUCUGCCACAGUACCAUGGAAAUUGGUUUGACAAAGCAGCACAUGAACCUGGACAGCAGUGUCCAGUGACUGUAAAGCUAUGGAGAAACGGAGUACUCAUGCAUUUUAGGACGCGAGUAUAACAAAAGCCUGCGAGGCCCCAAAUAGGCUGCUAUUCUGGGCUUUGAAAUGAUUAUUGAUGUACACAGGUGUUACAGCUUUGUACUACCACAUUAGAAAUUUGGUUAUUUGUUAAAACAUCAUUUAUAAAAGCUUUAAAAAAACCACAGCACUUCACUGUAUGCUUACAUUAGGUUUACUCUUAGAAUCUUAUUAAGCAUGUACUCUGAAAAGGUACAGUUCCAUCACCAUCUGAGGGAACUCAGUAUUGGUCUGGUGCCAAGUUUGUUCAUUCAGGAACAGCUGUGUGGUUUGCUCUGGUGACUGCCAAAAGUUUACUCAUGGCAGAACACAAUGACUCUCCAUCCCUCAAACCCAACUACCAGGAGAGAAACGACCAUCAGCCAAACCAAGCAUAUUGAUUGGUACAUGUUCACACUCCCAACUAUUCAGAAGGCUAAGGUAGGAGGGCUACUUGAGCCUAGAAGUGCAAGGUCUUGGGCAACACAAUGAGAUCCCUCAUGUCCAAAAGAGAAACAAACACCCGACUGCACAGCUUUGGAUAAACAUAACAUUUAAAGUUUCUGUAACAGUACCAACACAAGAAGCUCAUGUGGAGCAGUCCACAGAAAAGCACCACAAACAGUACCAGUGCCACAUUGCAUUCUUUCUAAAUGGAAUCAUACCUCAGUACUUAACAAAGUCUGUUGGUGGCAGAAAGUUUUCAUAUGGGAACAAAGGCAGGUGGGUAAGCAGAUGAACUAACCCCAAGAACAAUAGGGUCAUCUUUUUCUAACAGGAAAAUUUUCUUAAAAUACAUUAUGCAAAAUUAAGAUGAACACCAGUAAAACCUUAUUAUAAAACAAAAAUAUUCUGCUGAAUGCUAAGGAAACUGUGUCUAUGCUUAACUUUUAUUACUUUAUUUUAGAAAAGCUGUACACUUCUUAAAUAAAAUCUGUAUAAAUAGAAAAAAAAAUAUUUCAAUCACAAUUUCAUCAUUAGCUAUGGGAAAAUAUGUAUGUAUUAUAAAGAAUUUAGACAAGUUAAUACAGCCUUGGGUUAUAUAAAAUAAGGCUAAGAUUUUUAAAUUGUGUUCCUUAAAGGCCAGAUUAUAACUUAAUACUUAGAAUUAAGUCACGAUUUUAGCUUAACUUUAAAAUAAAAAAACCUAAAUCAUUUUUUUCAUUUGUCUGUUUACAAAAUUUCAACAGAUGUCAUAGAGAAAAUUAUGAAAGUCUGCCCAGAAAAGCAGGUAACAGCUUUGGUAUGACAUAAUGGAAUGUGUCCUGAGGCCUAGAAAUCACUCUUCCCCAAAACCUGCUAGACUGCACAGCUUCAGUUGGCUGUCUUCAGUGGGCUCUUUCGGAGAGACCUCCUCAUGGGUCUUGGGUUACUCCUAUUCCUGGCUAAAGACUUCACAUUCCACUGUGGAGACUGUGGAGGCCUGGAGAAAGAGAUGCUAUGGUUCAUUAAAAGAAUAAAUCUUGCAAAGCUGUCUACCUCAAAAGGAACCCUUCAGAAAACUUACGAUUUAUCAGGCAGUGACAAACAUAAAAUAUCAUUUCCUUGACCCCGGGCUCCAGAUUUCUCUGAAAGGUAGUCAAACAAACAAAUUCAGGUUUUCCAGAACUUCUAAGGUACUUGAAGUAUUGACAAGAAAAAAAACUCAGAACUUGCCUUUGACGGAAAAAGGAGUCUGCGAUGUCUCUAUGUAACUGACCCCUGCUCCAAAUGUAACAUCAUUGAUGGACUCUGGGUAAAGGGGAAACAUACUUUCAUAAACAUACUUUGAUGAAAAGCUGGCAAUAUAUACAGGCAUCAAACGUAGGCACUGAAGUAAGUGACCCAUGGAGUUCUGCUCUCAUUUUCAUUUCCUGCCUCUAUCUCAUAUCCUCAGUUAUGAUCCCUAGUCAAAAGCCUCAGUUUGACUUCUUUCCACAACUUCAUACAUUCUUGAAAGCUUCUUCCCCCAGAAAACUCUUCAGUCUCUGCUGACUUCCUUUCUCCACCACAGUUCUCCUCAGGCUGCACUGGGGCCCAAGCCUUAAAUGUUCAUAUGUGUGGCUUCUCACUUAUGCCUAUGUCUUCUGUCCAGUGACCCUCAACUCCUGUCAGUACUUCUCCUGCAUUCCCUAAACUGACAUCAAACUUUGUUACUUGUACUUUGUUCUUGUACAUAGAACAGACCAAUAUUUGGUCGUCCCAAAUGGAGCUGCCAGGUAUCACUGGCUCCUCCACAUAGAAUCAGCAACAGCCCUCUCCAUUCUCAACCUGGUACCUUUCCUUCUGCCUCACUAAGUGUGGUACAGCUUCCCCCUUACUCUUGAUCAUUUAUGGUGCUUCCCCCACCUACACGGCCUCCCUUAUCCAGCCCAUCCUUUAGAGGCAGGAAGCCGACUGGACUGGCAUUCUGCCACGUCUCUCCAGCUCUAAAAUGGGGACAAAAAUAAACCUGGCCCACAAGGAUCAGGAUUAAAAAGAUUAUAUAAAAAUGCUUAACACAAAACCUGGUAUAAUGAACCAAAAAAAAAAUUCAUUAGCUGUUAUGCCCUAUGUCACUUGAGUCAUGCUGAAUUUAAGAGCUGGUAAACUCUACCUAGGCCCUUUGAUGGCUCCGAAUACCAAGGAAAAGCUAAAGAUCUACCAGUCUGAGCUUAUCCCAAGCCUUUACAAAAUUCACAAGCCGCAUGCAUACCAUAUAGUCAAAAGUCUGCAGUGAUAUGAAUCAGGUGUCCCUCAUCAACUCAUAGGUUUGAAUGCUAAGUUCCCAGAUGAUGGCAAUUUGGGAAAUGGAGCCUUGCCGGAGGAGUGUGUUGCUGGGAGUGGAUUACAGGUAUUCGAACCAGUUUCCCUUUGGCCAGUGCUUGACAUAGUUGUCCACCUGAUGUUGGCCAGGAGGUGAUGUCCAGUCUCUGCUUGUGUGACAUUGUCCCCUGCUAUCAUGGAGUUUCACUUCAAGUCUGUAAGCCAAAAUAAACUCUUUUCUCCUACAA